AUGCAGCAAACCCCGCCAAUGAUUCCUGUCAUGCCUUCCUUCCCACCGGCUAAUAUUACCACCGAGCAGAUUCAAAAGUACCUCGAUGAGAACAAGAAAUUGAUUUUAGCGAUCUUGGAUAAUCAAAAUCUGGGAAAACUGGCUGAAUGUGCUCAGUACCAGGCUCAGCUCCAAAAGAAUUUAAUGUAUCUAGCCGCUAUUGCCGAUGCCCAACCGCAAACACCAGCGAUGCCUCCACAGAUGACACCACAUCCUGCCAUGCAACCGGGAGGGUUUUACAUGCAGCACCCGCAAGCUGCUGCUGCAGCAAUGGCUCAGCAGCCUGGCCCGGGUGGUAUGUUUCCGCCAAGGAUGCCUUUGCAGUAUACAAACCCGCUUGCCAUGCCAGACCAUCAGCAGCAGCAGCAGCUACAUCAACAGGCAAUGCAAGGACAAAUAGUUAUCCGACCUGGAGGAGGCCCCAGCAAUGGCAUGCAUGCAAUGCACAGCGAGUCGGCUGCGCCCUCGGGGAUGGGCGGUAGUGGUGGUGGCCCGCCUGCAAGUUCAGGACAAAGUGAUAGAGGUAAGCAAGAUGGUGCUGCCUCUGAGGUGGGAGCCUCCGGUGUAGAUAUGCAACAGCGCAGCUCAGCUACCGGGCAAACUGGUGGAGACCCUUCAGAGGAAGCUAAGUAA